AUGAUGGGGAGAGGGAAAACGAGGAAAGUUGAAAAAGGGGCUCUUGGGAUGAGCCCUGGUGAGGAUUUAUCAAUCGAUUGCGGCCCGCGUAAUGUGCCUGCAGGCCCAGUGUAUUACCCGAGUGAGGAGGAAUUUAAGGACCCUUUGGAGUAUAUAUACAAGAUCCGGCCAGAAGCCGAACCUUAUGGAAUUUGUAAAAUUGUUCCUCCGCCAAAUUGGAAGCCCCCUUUUGCAUUGGAUGUUGACUCGUUCAAGUUCCCCACGAAAUCUCAGGCGAUUCACCAGCUUCAGGCACGUUGUGCGCCCUGUGAUCCCAAGACUUUUAGAUUAGAGUACAAUCGGUUCUUGGAAGAAGAGUGUGGUAGGAAGGCCAAGAAGCGUGUUUUGUUCGAGGGGGAGGAUUUGGACCUGUGUAAGUUGUUUAAUGCGGUGAAGAGAUUCGGAGGAUACAACAGUGUCGUCAAGAAGAAGAAGUGGGCCGAAGUUUUUAGGUUCAUACGACCUGGAAAGAAGAUAUCCGAGUGUUCAAGGCACGUCCUGUCUCAAUUGUACUGCGAGCACUUGUCUGACUAUGAAGAUUAUUAUUGUCGGUUGAACCAAGAGAAGGGCAAGGAUUGCGAGCUUGAUACGAGUGGACGGAAAAAGUGUGAACCGGAGGUUGAGGUUCCAAGUGUUAAGAGAAGGCGGAAAAACAAAGAGGGUGAGAGGAUCGAAGUGCGUAAUAAAGUAGAGGAACAACAGGUCGAUCAAAUAUGCGAGCAGUGUAGAAGUGGCUUGCAUGGGGAAGUUAUGUUGUUGUGCGAUAGGUGUAAUAAAGGCUGGCAUAUUCACUGCCUGUCUCCACCAUUGAAGUGUAUUCCUCCAGGGAACUGGUAUUGCCUAGAGUGCUUGAAUUCCGAGAAGGAAAGUUUCGGUGAUCAAAGGCUUGCAUCAGUUGAAGCUGAUGUUUGGAAUGAAUAUUGCAGUAGCCCGUGGAAUCUCAAUAACUUACCUAGGUUGCAAGGUUCAAUGCUUAGAGCUGUGCACCAGAACAUUGCAGGUGUAAUGGUGCCUUGGCUUUAUAUAGGGAUGCUGUUCUCUUCAUUUUGCUGGCACUUUGAGGAUCAUUGCUUUUACUCAAUGAAUUAUCUUCACUGGGGAGAGCCAAAGUACUGGUACAGUGUCCCUGGUAACGAGGCCGACGCUUUUGAAAAGGUAAUGCGAAGUAGUCUGCCUGAUUUGUUUGAGGCUCAGCCAGACCUGUUGUUUCAACUUGUCACAAUGCUGAACCCCUCUGUUUUGCAAGAGAAAGGAGUCCCGGUUUACAGCAUUAUUCAGGAGCCCGGAAACUUUGUAAUUACUUUUCCCCAUUCUUAUCAUGGAGGCUUCAACUUGGGCUUGAACUGUGCUGAGGCUGUCAAUUUUGCCCCUGCUGAUUGGUUACCUCAUGGUGGUUUUGGAGCUGAGCUUUACCGGCAUUAUCGUAAAGUGCCUGUUCUAUCUCAUGAGGAGCUUCUAUGUGAGGUGGCGAAGUUUUACACUCCUCACAAUGAUGCUGUUGCGAUAUGGAAAUUGUAUCAUGACUUAAGCUGUUGUGCAACUUUGCAGACUGAACUAGACAUAAGAGUAUCAUCAUACUUAAAGAAAGAGUUGCUUAGGAUAUACAACAAUGAGAAAACUUGGAGGGAGCAGCUGUGGAGAUGUGGCAUCAUUAGAUCUUCUCCCAUGAUUCCUCGAGCAAAGCCUGAGUAUGUUGGUACUGAAGAGCACUGGGAGCAUCUCUGUGAGUGCAAGCCAAACAAACUCUGUCUUCUGUACCGUCAUACUCUGGCAGAAUUGACUGAUUUGCUGUUCAAGGCCGAUAAUCAUGGUUCUGUUGAAGCUCUUGGUAGUACAGAAAAGGAUACGUCGUCAAGAAAAGCAGUAGCAUUGACAAAAAAGGUUAAGAGCGGCCGUGUCACAUAUUUGCAGCUUGCUGAAGAUUGGAUUCUGAGGUCAUGUAAGGUUCUUGAGCAACCAUACUCUAGGAGUGCUUAUGCCAGUCUAAUAGAGGAAGCAGAGCAAUUUCUUUGGGCUGGUGCUGAGAUAGACCUAGUCAGAGAAAUGCAGAAUAGAUUGAUUCAAGCACGAAAUUGGGCAAAAGCUGUGAGACGAUGCCUUUCUAAAAUUAAGUUAUGGUCCAGUAACAAAAAUCGUGACACAGAUAGAGUGUCCAUGGAUGAUGUCAAUGAGUUGCUCGGGUUAAGUCCUGCUCCUUGCAAAGAACUAGGCCUCCUUCUGUUAAAGGAUUAUCUAGAAGAAGCUAAUGAGCUGAUCCAGGAAAUUAAUUCUGCUCUGGAAUCAUGUUCACGAAAUUCUGUGGUUGAUUUGGAGAUCUUAUAUGAGAAGACAGUUGACUCACCCAUUCAUGUAAAGGAAAGUGAGAAACUAAGACUCAAGCUAUCGGCAGUUAAGGUUUGGUUGGGCAAUGCGAAAAAGUGCAUUUUUCAGGAAGCUCCCUCAUCAGUUGAGGUAGAUAUGCUCUACAAGCUGGAGUCAGAGAUUUUGGAGUUACAAUUUCAGCUUCCUGAAGCUGAGCUGCUCAGUGAUUUAACUAGGCAAGUUAAAUCUUGCCGGUCUAAGUGUAAUGAGAUUUUAGGAGAUUUGGUUGGCCUAAAGAAAGUCGAAUUGUUUCUCAGUGAAUGGGAGAAUUUUCCUGUAAAGGUUCCAGAGCUUGAACUUUUAAAGAAAUAUUACAAUGAUACAGUGUCGUGGAUGUCACGUGUUGAUCGUGUGCUUAUGAAUGUUCAUGAACUGGAAGAUCAAGAAAAAGUAGUUGAUGAGUUAAAAUGCAUCCUGAAGGAUGAGUCAUUGCUUAAAAUACAAGUCAAUGAGUUACCUCGUGUUGAGCUCGAGCUUCAGAAAGCGCACUGCCGUGUGAAAGCAUUUAGGGGUCUUAACACUCAAAUGUCCAUGGAUUUCACUCAGCAACUUAUGUUGGAGGCAGCCAAACUACAAAUCGAGGAAGAGAAGAUUUUUGCUGAUAUUUCCCAAAGACAUGCUGCUGCCAUAUGCUGGGACGGAAAAGCGAAACAUGUUCUUGCUACUAGGGCGCGUAUGUCUGACUUUGAGGAUCUUUUGAGGACUUCUGAGCACAUUGGAAUUAUUCCAUCAUCCCUUCUUGAUGUGGAGCUUGCAGUAUCAACAGCUAAAUCUUGGUUAACAAAAGCUAAACCAUUUCUAUAUCGUGACUCGUCUAACUUCGUAGCAUUGGAUUCUUGCUUGGAAGUUGAUGUUUUGAAGGAGCUAGUGUUGCAAUCAGAAGAGCUGAAUGUACAUUUUGAUGAAUGUUCAUUGCUUCAAGAACUCUUGAAGAAGUGUGUGGAAUGGGUAGAUGAUGCCAGAACUUUACUACAGAAUGUGGAGCGCUUAUGGAAAACUGACAUUACAGAUGAGGUCACCACUGGCUCUAUUAUAACCAGACUUGAAUGUCAAGUCCUCUCGAUGGAGACUGCCAUCAAAAGUGGUAUUUCUCUUGGUGUUAGGUUGAACAUGAUUCCAAAACUUGAAGAUGCUUGUUCAACAUUCAAAUGGGGCAUUAGUGUCCUUUCGUUUUGCACCAGUGUUCCCAGUUGCCAGGAAGUUGAGGUGAUAUUGGAUGCUGCUGCCAGUCUUCCUGUAAUAGAUAAAUCUGUUGCUCUGUGGACUGCAUUGAUUGAUGGCUUAACUUGGCUAAAGAGCUCUCUUGAAAUUCUUGUUCCAUGUAAUCGUCAGCAUUUUCAAGUCAGAAGUGUUGAGGAAGUUCUUGUUCUGUCUAAGAAAAUUUGCAUCUCAUAUCCAAUUAUUACUGGUCGUCUUCAUGAUGCAGUUGAAGAUCACAAAUUGUGGCUGCAGAAAGUUAAUCUAUUUUUUGCUGUCGACUCUGAGGAUCGAUCUUAUGAUGUUCUGAUGCAGCUAAAGGAACAUGGAAGUUCGAAGGCAUUCAGUUGUCUAGAGCUAGAGAAGGUUCUUUACGAACAUGAAAAGAUUCAAAAGUGGGUACAGCAUUGUGCAGACAUAAUUAAGCCUCCAUCUGCAGAAGAAGAUUCACUUCCUAGUGCUCUUGUCGAGUUACAGAACUCUCUUGAGAGAUCUUCUGAAGUGUAUGGUAAUUAUGAGGGAAAAGAAUCUAGAAACUUAUGCAAAUGCUGCUCUAAUGCUAGCGAGGAUCAAGAACUUUUGAGCUGUUCUAUUUGCAAGGACAGGCAAGUUCUUGCAAUCUUUCAUUUGCAGUGUGCAAAAAAAUCAUUUGAAGAUACACUUGCAACGAUUUGCCCUUAUUGCAAUUUUAUAAGCGGCUCCAGACUUAAUCGCGGUGGAUUUGGUUCUCUGAAAACCUGGAAGAAGCAUCUUGCAUUAGAUAAGCUUAAAGUUCUCCUCAAUGAAGCCAAUGAUUUAUGUCUGUGGAGGAUAUUACAUCAAAUUGUUGAGAAAGCUGUUGCAUGCAAUGCUUGCUUAGUGGAACUUGCGGAUUUUGCGUUAGCUUAUGUCAGCAAAGAUCUCGACGUGCUUACUCGAAAAUUGGGCAUUGCUUUGAAGGCAGUGGAUGCUACGUGUGUUUAUGAUCAUGAGGUUAAUCGGAAAUUUGAGCUGGCAUUGGCUUCGACUUCAUGGAAAAUCCGAGCUGAUAAAUUACUGGAAAGUGCAGAGAAGCCCACGCUUCAGCAAAUUCAGAAUCAUUUGAAAGAAGGGCUGGCAGUGGAAAUUCCUUCAGAAGAUUACUUCACUCAGAAACUAACAGAAAUUAGAAAUACGGCCAUCCAAUGGGCCGAAACAGCAAAGAAGGUUUUAAAUUUUGCCAAAUUGAAUGGAAGCAAACUUGAAGAGCCUCAAACGCCUUCAAGGUGCUCCGAACUCAAGACUCUCUCACAGAAGUCAAAGAAGAUGCUUGUGGUUAGCAGCAGCGAAAGAUUAUUGUGGAGGAAUAAGAAACCUUUCAGAAGGGCAGCUCGAAAACGUGCUGAACUUCAAAGUCUAUCUCCAUUUUACCAUGUUUUUGCCUAA